AUGAAGCAGGUUGGAGUGAAGAAGCAGGUUGGAGUGAUGAAGCAGGUUGGAGUGAUGAAGCAGGUUGGAGUGAAGAAGCAGGUUGGAGUGAUGAAGCAGGUUGGAGUGAUGAAGCAGGUUGGAUUGAUGAAGCAGGUUGGAGUGAUGAAGCAGGUUGGAGUGAUGAAGCAGGUUGGAGUGAUGAAGCAGGUUGGAGUGAUGAAGCAGGUUGGAGUGAUGAAGCAGGUUGGAGUGAUGAAGCAGGUUGGAUUGAUGAAGCAGGUUGGAGUGAUGAAGCAGGUUGGAGUGAUGAAGCAGGUUGGAGUGAUGAAGCAGGUUGGAGUGAUGAAGCAGGUUGGCGUGAUGAAGCAGGUUGGCGUGAAGAAGCAGGUUGGAGUGAUGAAGCAGGUUGGAGUGAUGAAGCAGGUUGGAGUGAAGAAGCAGGUUGGAGUGAUGAAGCAGGUUGGAGUGAUGAAGCAGUUGGGAGUGAUGAAGCAGGUUGGAUUGAUGAAGCAGGUUGGAGUGAUGAAGCAGGUUGGAGUGAUGAAGCAGGUUGGAGUGAUGAAGCAGGUUGGAGUGAUGAAGCAGGUUGGAGUGAUGAAGCAGGUUGGAGUGAUGAAGCAGGUUGGAGUGAUGAAGCAGGUUGGAUUGAUGAAGCAGGUUGGAGUGAUGAAGCAGGUUGGAUUGAUGAAGCAGGUUGGAGUGAUGAAGCAGGUUGGAUUGAUGAAGCAGGUUGGAGUGAUGAAGCAGGUUGGAGUGAUGAAGCAGGUUGGAGUGAUGAAGCAGGUUGGAGUGAUGAAGCAGGUUGGAGUGAUGAAGCAGGUUGGAGUGAUGAAGCAGGUUGGAUUGAUGAAGCAGGUUGGAUUGAUGAAGCAGGUUGGAGUGAUGAAGCAGGUUGGAGUGAUGAAGCAGGUUGGAUUCAUGAAGCAGGUUGGAGUGAUGAAGCAGGUUGGAGUGAAGAAGCAGGUUGGAGUGAUGAAGCAGAUUGGAUUCAUGAAGCAGGUUGGAGUGAUGAAGCAGAUUGGAUUCAUGAAGCAGGUUGGAGUGAUGAAGCAGAUUGGAUUCAUGAAGCAGGUUGGAGUGAUGAAGCAGGUUGGAGUGAUGAAGCAGGUUGGAGUGAUGAAGCAGGUUGGAUUGAUGAAGCAGGUUGGAGUGAUGAAGCAGGUUGGAUUGAUGAAGCAGGUUGGAGUGAUGAAGCAGGUGUCUCUAGGUGUCUCUAGUGUGGAAGAGUCUCACCGUGACGACACAGGCAGUUUCUCCGACAGCACCUGUAGACAGGGACCCUACCUAAGCAGCUCUGAUCAUCGCUACAACAGUGGCCCACUGGGCCACCACCCCCAGGGCCCCCCGGUGGCCCCCCCUAGCCCUGCCUCCCUGGCCUGGGCCCAGAGGACCUGGCACCAGCCUGCCAGCCUGGCGCUCCGGAAGCAGGAGGAGGAGGACAACAGGCGCUGCAAAGCCCUGUCCGACAGCUAUGAGCUCUCCACAGACCUGCAGGACAAGAAGGUGGAGAUGCUGGAGAGGAAGUACGGAGGGUACUUGCUCAGUCGGCAGGCGGCGCGCACUAUCCAGACGGCGUUCCGUCAGUACCGCAUGAACAAGAACUUUGAGCGGCUACGAAGCUCCGCCUCCGAGAGCCGGAUGACUCAACGUAUCAUCCUGUCUGACAUGAGACUGCAGUACUCGUUUGACGAGCGGCAGGGCCAGCCCCAGGGUCAGCCUCAGGGCCAGCCUCAGGGCCAAGGGGUUCAGCAGGGACAGAUGUAUCCUCACCCUGGAGGCCACCCUGGGGAUGAAGAGAUGCAGGCUGGGUCUCCUCCACGCUGCGAGGGGGACAGAGAGGAGUACACAUACCUGGACGAGACCUUCUCCAAACAGGUGUCCCUGGCUGACUCCAUCGAUGACACCCUGACCUGUCAGUCUGGUGUGGAAGACGGUCAGCAGGAGGAAGAGGAGGAGGAAGAGGAGGAGGAAGGUGAUGGAGACGAGACAGGGGUGGAGGUGGACGACUUCGGAGAGUGUGUUUGGAGGCCCAGGGAGGGAGACAGACAGAGGGAUGGAGGAAGAGGAGGAGUGGGAGGAAGAGUAGGAGGAGGAGGAGGAGAGAGACAGAGCAUGCACGAAGACACCACAGCCACCUCCGACAACGACGUGACCCUCUACAUGAAUGACAGGCUCUCGUCCUCUCCCCUGUCCUUGGACCGGGCCCCCAGCAGCCCAGAUACAGAGUAUUGGAGCCCUGGAGUGUGUGGCGGCAGGGUGGGGGGGUUUGAAGACAGCCGGGACACAGAGGGAGGGUGCAACAGUAACAGCCGACGCAGCACCCCCUGUACAGAGUGUAGAGACUACAGCCUGAGAGAAGCUCACCUACCCCUGUUGACCCUCGAACCCCUGAGCGACAGCUCUGUUAAUAUGAGUGACCGCUCGGGCUCUAUAGGCCAACGGGUCUACGAGACAGAACCAGGGGGAGGAGUUGGUGGAGGGGGGUUGCCUCAGGGCACUAUUAAACAUAACCCCCACCCGAAGCCUCACCCCAACCCCAACGGGCGUGCUGUCCCCAUACCUCCCCAGGCCCAAGGCCAGACUCGUACUGUGCUUCCUCACCACCCCCACCCCUCGGCCAUCCCCUCCCACCCGCCCUACCACACCAUCCUACACCACCACCAUCAGCUCCCAUAUUACCCUCUACACCCCCACCACCCGCACCCGAAUACCCCCUCCUCCUCCUCUCAGUCCCCCCAGGAACCACCCCUCACCCCCCUAUUUUCCUACUCAUCAGCCACACUACCCCCUGGUGGCCAGGAGCAGGUCUGCUGUUCUGACGGAGACAACGACUCUCUCAGCUCCACCACCAACUCUAACGACACCAUCAACUGCUCCUCCGGGUCCUCAUCGCGCGACAGCCUCCGGGAGCCCCUCCCACCGCUCGGGAAACAGACCUAUCAGAGAGAGAGCAGACACAGCUGGGAUAACCCCGCCUCUAACAACGACGUGGCGCAGAGACGACAGUACCGCAUCGGACUAAACCUGUUCAACAAGAAGCCAGAGAAGGGUAUACAGUACCUGAUAGAGAGAGGCUUCGUAUCGGACACACCGGUAGGCAUCGCCCGCUUCAUCCUGGAGAGGAAAGGACUGAGCAGACAGAUGAUAGGAGAGUUCCUGGGUUGCAGACAGAAACAGUUCAACAAGGACGUACUGGAUUGUGUGGUAGAUGAGUUGGACUUCUCAGGGAUGGAUCUAGAUGAUGCCCUCAGGAAGUUUCAGGCCCAGAUUAAAGUCCAGGGAGAGGCCCAGAAGGUGGAGAGACUGAUCGAGGCUUUCAGUCAGCGGUACUGUGUGAGUAACCCGGUGCUGAUCCGACAGUUCCGGAACCCCGACACCAUCUUCAUCCUGGCCUUCGCCAUCAUCCUCCUCAACACUGACAUGUACUCUCCCAACGUCAAACCAGAGAGGAAGAUGAAGCUGGAGGACUUCAUCAAAAACCUCAGAGGAGUGGAUAAUGGCCAGGACAUUCCCAGAGACCUGUUAGUAGGAAUCUACCGUCGGAUAGAGAAAUGGGAGCUACGCACCAACGAUGACCACGUGUCCCAAGUACAGGCCGUGGAGAAGGUUUUGGUUGGAAAGAAGCCUGUGCUCUCGCUGUCCCACCGCAGAUUGGUGUGCUGCUGUCAGCUGUACGAGGUGCCUGACCCGAACAGAAGCCAGAGGACUGGAGUCCACCAGAGAGAAGUCUUCCUCUUCAACGACCUGCUCGUGGUAACCAAGAUCUUCCAGAAGAAGAAGACCUCUGUGACAUACAGUUUCAGACAGUCCUUCCCCCUGGUCGAGAUGCACGUUCACAUUUUCCAGAAACAAUACUAUCCCCACGGUAUCCGACUGACGUCAACCAACCCUGGCGGGGACAGAAAGGUUCUGAUCGCGUUUAAUGCUCCGAGCCAGCAGGACAGAACGCGUUUCACCUCCGACCUGAGAGAGAGCAUCGCUGAGGUGCAGGAGAUGGAGAAAUACAGGGUGGAGUCGGAGUUGGAGAAGCAGAGAGGAGUGAUGAGGCCUGUUGUGGCCGGGUCUGACGGUGGUGGUCCCAGCGGCGGCGUGAAGGCGGUGAACGGCACUCUGGGUAGGCCCAGUCUGGACGACAGCUAUGCCUCUGCAGAUGGACUCAAACGUACUGCGCUCAGCUCAUCACUGAGAGACCUAGCAGACACAGGUAUUUUGGUCAGGGCGUGA